CCUUUUUCUGUUUUCAGGCACAAUGUUUCCUUUUGACCGUUGGCACCCUGCUGUGCCAGUUCAUUGUCCUCAAGAGCUGCUGUCUCCUAAGUGACAGAAAACUUAGCCAUAAAGUUUGUUUUGAUUCAAACUUCAGCAUUUUUCUAGUUGUUCUGCUGAGGUUGUGACAUCAUUUGUGACAUCACGCGAAUUGAUGUCACAAAGAGUGAUGCACUUUGUGGACCAUAUCAAAAAGCUGCCGUCAUAACCACUGCAGAAGAGAGCGAGAGAGCGAACAGAAGGAUUGUAACCCAACUAGAGACUGAACCGAAAGCUUUUCAAGACAAAAAGUCAAAUCUUCAAACCAUGAGUCAAAGCGGUAAGGAAAAAACUAGUUUGGAACAGAAAAUCGCCACCCUGGAGCAGGAGAAAAGCACCCUGGAGCAAAUGAACACUGCCCUGAAGAAGGACAAGAUCACCCUGGCGCAGAAAAACAUCGCCUUAGAAAAGGAAAAAACUGCUCUGGAGCAGAAAACCACUGCCUUGGAGGAGAAAAUUGUUGCCCUGGAUCAGAGAAACACCAACUUGGAGAAGGAAAGAAGUGUCUUGGAACAAAAAAAUACUGAACUGGAACAGGGAAACACCACCCUGGGUCAGAAGAACACCUCCUUGGAGCAGGAAAAAACUGCUCUAGAUGAAAGAAACGCUGCCCAGAAGAGGAUAAACAACGCUCUGAACCACUUAAGAAUAGUCUUAGAAAGGGAAAAAUUUAUGCUGAAGCGGGAAAUAAUUGCCCUGAAGCAGCAACAUAAUAUUCUAGGAGAGAGAAACACUUUCUUGGAGGAGAGAAACACGUUUUUGGAAAAAGACAGAAUUGACCUGAAGCAGGAAAUCUUCACUUUACAGCAGGUAAACAGCAUCUUGGAAGAGGAAGGCAGCGUUUUUGAGCAGGAAAAAAAUGCUUUUGAGGAGAAAAGCACCUUCUUGGAGGAAAUAAACAAGGCCCUGAAGUUGAGAUGCAACGGUCUGCAGCAAAAAAACGCCGCGUUGGACAACAUAAUCAUUGCCUUGGAGCAGGAAAAGAAUGUCCUGGAGGAGAAGAGCACUUCCUUGGAGCAGAUGUCCACUGAGAUGCAGCUUGAAUUGGAACAGCUGCGCCAUUGCCUGAGGAACAGAAUGAAACAUCUGAACCAGGACUCAACAGAAGAGGAAACCCAAGAAGACAUCCAGCCCGUUUCAGACCAGCCACAGGACCAGGUGCCUGUAUCUCAAAAAGUGCCAUGAGGGCUCCAAGCUUCAUGUUUGAUUAUCGGUGGCAGAAAAGCUUGACAACAGAACUGCGGUGUCAGGGGAAGCUUGACACUAGGGGGCUGAUGGUGGAAGAGCUUAACGCUUGAAAGAUGUUGGCAGGAG